CAGUAAACAGGUUAAUUUCUAAGAGAGCAGGAAGUUCAGCAACAUUCGACGCUUGCUUUAGGUACAGUCUCUCACGGUCUUCGAGUUAGGUGGCAGAAUAUGCCUAAACUCACAGCUGAAGUUCUACAGUAAACGAAGAAUCUUUAAAAUGGAUCUCCUUAGAGCGGUUUUAGUGGUCAUUUGCGUGUCGCGGUCGUCACCGGUGAGGAUUUUACCAUCGACUUGCCCCAGACAGGAUUUGAAUUGCACAGUGAGCUCAAGUACUUGUAUGGACAAAACUUUUCUGAAGAGUUAUGAAUACACUCCCAGCGGUCCAGAGGAGCUGACCGUGUCAGUGGACAUCAGAGACGACGGGGCAAAACGCUUGCAGCCUUUUCUGAAUGCUAGUUGGAAGAUAAAGGAUGAUGGCAGUAUCGGUUACCUGGAAGCAACUGAACUUCAUGUUCUGGUGAAGUCCACCAAUGAGAACCUGUGUGUUCGAUAUUCUUUCAAAGACAAACUCUCAAUGAGAAGUCCAUCUGGUGAAAAGUGGAUGUUCUCAGCUAAUAUGGUGGUGUUGGACCCUGCUCACGAAUACCAGGUCUCUGUCUUUAACAUACCCAAACCAGAGAUAGAACACACUGUCUACAAUGUCAAUAAGAAUGUCCUUGUCCCUGGCUGUCAAGAUCCCAAAAUGCAGAAAACCCAGUACUGCAGUGAGACAGGAAGUCUGUGGAAGCCAAACAUCAGUCUGGCAGUGAGUGGAAAAUCUGCUCUGGCUGUUAGUUUCAACCCUGACGGAUUGUGUGAGAAGUACAUAGUUAUUGUUGGGUGCUCAAGUUCCAAGAAAGUAGCUGACUUAAACAAGGACAAUCAGACCACCUUGAAUGUCAUGUUCAGCCUUGAUGAUUGGCCACGAUCCUGCUGUCAGUUUGAUGUUGAGAUCAACCCCCUGUUCCCAAAGUGUGCCAAUGACUGUACCCGUCGAAUGAUAACUCAGAAUAUUUGUGUGACAGAUACAGAAGCCCCAGAAGUCCGUCCAUACACAUUAGUCUCCUUGGGAGUCGUGUUUAUUAGUGCAAUGAUAGCAGUUCUUCUGUGUAUGUUCUGCAGGAAACUAGGCAAAACUGAUGCUAAACCACCAGAUGAUUCAUAUAAGAAACUACAGGAGCAACAGCAGCCGCUUAAACAAGCUCCCAAAGUGCUAGUUAUCUAUUCACAGGACCAUCCCCUUUAUAGGAACAUAGUGCUGAAGCUCUGUGCUUUCCUUCAAGCCAAGUGUGGCACAAAGGUUGUGGUAGACAUGUUAGACUCAACCUCAGUUAGCAUGGUGGGUCGCCUUCGCUGGCUCGAGUGUCAACGGCAGCAACUAAACAGCCCUUCUGACAAAAUCUUGGUUCUGUGCUCACGAGGAGUCCAGGCCAAGUGGAGGGCUUUGUGUGGUCAAGGGCGAGUGACACUGAGGGAAGAUAUUCUCUCCCCCACAGAUGACAUGCUCACUCCCUUUCUCAACCUCUUCCUACCAGACAUGCACCAGGCAGGUAUGCUGGGCAAGUACAUGGUAGCUUACUUUGAUGGGAUCAGCACUGAACAGGAUGUUCCGUCAGUGUUUGACAUUGCAGUCAAAUACAAUUUGAUGAAGCACUUUGAAGACAUGUACUUUCGCAUCUUAGAUAUGGAGAAGUAUCAGCCAGGUCAAGUCAACCACAUUGAAGGAAUUGGUGGCGAUGACUAUUUCAACUGUCCCUCAGGUAAAGCCCUUAGGAAUGCCAUUGAAACCUUCCAGGCUUAUCAGCUGGAAAGUCCUGACUGGUUUGAGAAGCAGUGUCUAGACAGUGAAGAGGAGAUCAUGAAUGAAUCCAGUUUGCUUAUUGACCAACUGCAGAUCCCUCCUGUCCUAGAGUUUGUCCCUUUAAUUAGAGAUGGGCCUCCAAGCUAUAUUCAAGAGGUAGAAAUAAAUGAAAACAACAAUAGCGUUCAGAUUCUCACACCUGAAAUGGAGCCCCAGUUGUCAUCAGUGGCAGAACUUAAACUGGUAGUGAAUCCUGAGAGUAGACAUCAGCAUCCACCAAGCAUGUAUAAGGAGUUCAUGGAUCUUCACAACCCUUAUUCAGAGGCUGCCCACAUAGUUGACCCUCUUGUAAAUACACCACAAAUACCAUCAAGACCACUUUGGAUCUCCCUUGAGGAACAAUCCCCGUGUCAAAUUCCCACUGAGGAUGAUGAGGAUUCCCUACUUCAUGGUAGGAGUAAGCCUUCAACCGAUUCAGACCAGAGCAGACUCGACCUACAGAACUCUCUGGAUUCAAAUCCAUUGGAGUCCUGUUGUGCAGGCAUACAGAGCGAGUAUUCUCCUUCAUCUGAAACUUGCCACUCUCAUCCUGUGGAGAUGGAGGAGGACAUGGGUUUGGAGCAUAGCAGACACAACCCAAGCAGUGGAUCUGAUCAAGGUUACAUCUCCAAAUUAUCCUCCCAACAUGAACCCCCCUUUAAAGAGGAUCCAUUGGAGGCUUUGGCAAGACUGCAGGAGACACUAUUUCAGCAAAAUCUCAGAUACUCUGACACAGGUCCUGAAUUGAACUGAUAUUAGAAACUAGCUAGGAAAAGAGUGUGAUUCACACUUCCCAGCUGACAUUCCUACACAUUUUCAGCACCAACUGCCCGUCUUACUGUGUCAGAACCCAAUCUCCUUAUGGCAUUUGACUUAAACAUGUUGAGCAAUAAAUGAAACAUAAAUGCAAAUGAUGGAUGUAACAAAAAUAUGCUGACUCACUGACUGAGUAGCAGCAUUGAUCUUACAUGCCUUCAUGACUUUCGCUUUCAUCACAACACCGUCACAAUGUUAUUGAGAUGUGGAAGGGGGAGCACGUCCAACCACAACAACAGAAGCUGCCCGAUGUCUUUGGGCUGUCCACCCUCAACAGCAACAUCAGUGUUUGGACUGUUACUGUGAAUUUGGUCUGAUUAUGGAUGUAGUAACAGCGCUGGUUGCCCACAGAUCAGAAGGUUAAUGGUUUGAUCCCUGGAAGUGUUUUUGAGCAAGAAACUCAUUGCUCCUAGUGCUUGGCACUGGUGUGUGAAUUUGUCUGUGUUUGUGAAUGGAUAGAUGUGUAAUUGUGACUGUAGAGCACUUUAUGUACCAAUAGAUAGAAUAGCACAAUAUUAAUACAAAACCAUUUACCAUGAUUGCUUGUAAGUGACAAGUGGUUGAGUAGUCAUUGUAUCCUCAUCUGUGUUUCAGACUAGAACUCAAUUAAUUCUCUAUGAACCACAGUGGCGGAGCUGGAAAUUUUUCAGUGGGGUGGCCAGGGUGAGACUGUCCCUUGCAUAGGGGUGGCAAUAAGCAGAUAACACCACGUAGCUCUGCCACUGAUGAAGCAGACGUUGAUGACCAUUGUGAUGGCAACUUUGAAACUUUUAAAACUUUGAAACGCUCUGUUUUUAAAUGACCCUAAAAGUUAAAACAACACAGAUUUCCAUUAAUGUUACAAUCUUAGUUGGUGUAAGCAACCUUUUUGGAUAAAUUAAGCAAUUGUAAAUAAUGAAGCAAAGGUGAAUGAACAUUAUGUUGAACAUUGUGCUGUAAUGAAGCUUUAGGAAAAGAAGAAGCACAUACUCUUUGAGGGACUGACAACAAAGUCAGAAGUUUUGGGUUUCCAUUUUAAUUUGCUGUUUUUUCUCUCCGUAUACAACAUUCUUAUCAGUGUGUUUUCUUUAACAGCACUUCUCUUUGUUUCAAGCUGAACAUUUGUUAUAAAAGACUCCAUAAUAAAUAAUACAGCACCUUCA